GUCAACAUCCUCUUGCAGGCUUAUAUUUCUCAGCUCAAACUUGAUGGUUUUGCCCUUAUGUCAGAUAUGGUGUAUGUGACACAGAGUGCCGGCAGGCUGAUGAGAGCCAUGUUUGAGAUUGUGCUCCACAGGGGCUGGGCCCAGCUGGCAGACAAGACCCUGAACCUGUGCAAGAUGGUGGACAAGAGGAUGUGGCAGUCCAUGUCACCCCUUCGCCAGUUUAGGAAGAUCCCAGAGGAGGCUAUCCGCAAGCUGGAGAAGAAGAGCAUUCCCUGGGAACGUCUCUAUGAUUUGGGCCCCAACGAGAUUGGUGAGCUCAUCCGCAUGCCGAAAGGAGGGAAGAUGAUCCACAAGUACAUUCAUCAGCUACCAAAGCUGGACCUGGAGACUCACAUCCAGCCCAUCACCCGCCAGAUGCUUAAGGUGGAGCUCACCAUCACCCCAGACUUCAAGUGGGAUGAGAAAGUCCAUGGACGCUCCCAGGCUUUCUGGAUCUUGGUUGAGGAUGUGGACGCAGAAAACAUCCUCCAUCAUGAGUAUUUCCUCCUGAAGCAAAAGUUCAAUGAGGAUGAGCAUGUCAUCAAGUUCUUUGUGCCUGUGUUUGAGCCUCUCCAUCCCCAUUACUUCAUUCGCAUCACUUCUGACACCUGGCUUGCAGCAGAGACUCAGUUGCCAGUGUCCUUCCGUCAUUUAAUCCUUCCUGAGAAAUAUCCACCUCCCACUGAGCUGCUCGACCUUCAGCCUCUGCCCAUCACUGCUCUUAGGAACCCACAGUACGAGGCCCUCUACAAAACCCUCAACAGAAACCAGCAGUUCAAUCCAAUCCAGACCCAAGUCUUCAAUGCAACCUACAACUCAGAUGACAGUGUAUUCAUUGCUGCUCCUACAGGUUCUGGCAAGACUCUGUGUGCAGAGUUCGCUAUUUUGAGGAUGUUCAGCCAAGAUGAGACAGCCAGAUGUGUGUAUGUGGCCUCCAAGGACGAGAUUGUGGAAAGCAUGUAUGACCACUGGCAGGAGAAGUUUGGGAACCUGGACAAGAGGGUGGUGCUGCUAACCGGUGAGACUGGUGCAGAUCUCAAGCUCCUCAACAAAGCUAACAUUGUGGUGAGCACUGCAGAGAAGUGGGAUGUGCUCUCUCGCCGCUGGAAACAGAGGAAAAAUGUGCAGAAUAUUAGUUUGUUUAUUGUUGAUGAGCUGCAGUUGAUGGGAGGCUCUGAUGGCCCUACAUUGGAAGUGGUUUGUUCUAGGAUCCGUUACAUUGCCUCAAAGAUCAGCAAACACAUCAGAAUACUUGCCCUGAGUUCUUCCUUGGCCAAUGCCAGAGAUGUGGCACAGUGGCUUGGGUGUUCCUCAAACUACACUUUCAAUUUCCAUCCUAAUGUUCGUCCAUUGCCUCUAGAACUGCACAUUCAAGGAUUCAACAAUCCCCACAAUGCUUCAAGAAUAUAUGCCAUGGCCAAACCUGCUUACUCAGCUAUCCUAAAGCACAGUCCAAGGAAGCCAGCAAUGGUGUUUGUUCCCUCAAGAAAACAGAGUAUGAUCACAGCAAGUGACCUCCUCACCUUUGCAGCAGCAGACAAGGAACCACAGAGAUUCUUGCAGGUAAACCCUGAGGAAAUGACAGAAUUCCUUCCACAGAUAAGUGAUGAAAUGUUGAGGGAACUGGUGAGCCAGGGUGUAGGAUACUUGCACGAGGGUCUCAGUGCCAGAGACCGCAGGAUGGUUGAGCGGCUCUUUGAGGCAGAAGCCAUCCAGGUUGUGGUUGUGAGUCGUGCACUGUGUUGGGCUGUGACGGCACCUGCUCACUUGGUGGUUAUCAUGGACACACAGAGCUACAAUGGCCGUCUUCACAACUAUGAAGAUUAUCCCAUCACAGACACUCUGCAGAUGGUAGGUCGUGCAAAUAGACCUAAUGACGAUGAUGAGGCCAAGUGUGUCCUCAUGUGUCAUUCCUCAAAGAAGGACUACUUUAAGAAGUUCUUGUAUGAGCCUCUGCCCAUUGAGAGCCAUCUUGAUCAUGCCCUCCAUGACCAUUUCAAUGCUGAGAUUGUCACACGUACCAUUGAAAACAAACAGGAGGCUGUGGACUAUGUCACUUGGACUUUCUUGUACCGACGCAUGACACAGAACCCCAAUUACUAUGGACUACAGGGUGUCUCUCAUCGUCAUCUGUCAGAUCAUCUCUCAGACCUGGUGGAGAAUACCCUCCAUGACCUGGAAGAGUCGAGGUGCAUCACCAUUGAAGAUGACAUGGACACAGCUCCCCUUAACUUGGGUAUCAUUGCCUCAUAUUAUUACAUCAACUACACUACAAUUGAAUUGUUCAACAAGUCACUCAACAGCAAGACAAAGAUCAGAGGUCUGCUGGAGAUCAUCUCCAGUGCUGCAGAGUAUGAAAAUGUACCUAUUCGCCAUGGGGAGGAAGACACCCUGCGACGUCUCAUUCAGAAGGUGCCCAACAAACCAGAAGGGAAGCCCACUGACCCACACACAAAGACCAACCUUAUGCUGCAGGCUCAUCUCACCCGCCUCACACUGAGUGCUGAAUUGCAGCAAGACACAGAGCUGGUUCUGGGACGUGCCCUCAGGCUUAUCCAGGCCUGUGUAGAUGUGCUCUCAUCUAAUGGUUGGUUGGCACCUGCUCUGUCUGCCAUGACACUGGCACAGAUGGUGACUCAGGCCAUGUGGUCCAAGGACUCGUAUCUGAAACAGCUGCCACACUUCACCAGUGACAUGAUUGAGAGAUGUGAAGCAAAGGAUGUCACUUCAGUCUUUGACAUCCUCGAAUUAGAAGAUGACGACCGAAACCGACUACUUCAGCUCUCGGACGCUCAAAUGACGGAUGUGGCUCGCUUCUGCAACCGCUACCCGAGCAUCAACCUGGACUACGAGGUGGUAGAUUCGGACUCCAUCACGAGCGGUGCAAUGGUGAACGUGGAGGUGGUGCUUGAGCGUGAGGACGAGCCCGGCCCUGUCAUCGCCCCGCUCUUCCCCCACAAGCGCGAGGAGGGCUGGUGGGUCAUCAUCGGCGACCCCAAGGCCAACUCGCUCAUCUCCAUCAAGCGUCUCACGCUCCAGCAGAAGGCCAAGGUAAAGCUGGACUUCGUGGCGCCCAGCGAGGGCAGCUACGAGUACAGGCUCUACUUCAUGAGUGACGCGUACAUGGGUUGCGAUCAGGAGUACAAGGUACCACUCAGAGUGAGGGAGGCCGAGUCGGAAUCUGAUUCUGACAGUGAUUAAGUUACAAGAUGGUUGAAUUGCUUUAUAUUUAAGAGAUUUUUGUAUAUACAUUUAGCUCAUCAAAGAAACCCAUUCCAAGAUCACAUAAAUAUCCUGAAUAUUGAUUUCUAUGUACUAUAUUAUAGUAUUAUUUGAAAUGGUAAUAUUGCAUAAACAAGUUUCAUUUUACUUAUUUUUCGUUUUAAAUUUCACAAGCUUGAUUUAGAAAAUCCAUGGUUCUCUCACUUCAGUAUAUGGAUCUUUGUUGUGUUUUAGAAUAACAAGUACAACAUUUUUGAGGCAAAAUUGUAGUGUAUAUUUUUUCUAAAUAAAAAAUGAUUGCUCUCAA